UUGAUAACUUGAUAAUAUCUAGAGCAAACGUUGAGCUUCUUCGUAUUAUAAGGUACGUUUUGGAUACUGAAUAAGUCACGUUUUAUUAUAAUACAUACACGGUGGAUAAAGGAACUAAAACACAAGAAAAAAUACAAGGAUGGCCUCGAGCUUUGUUCUAGGAAAUACCUCCGAAGAAACGUUUAAUAUAUUAUGUUCAGCGUGUAAAGAACAAGAUAAAAACAGGGAAGCUGAAAAAUAUUGCGUAGAUUGUCAGGAGUACUACUGUUCUGAGUGUUUGAAAUUACACUCAACACUUCCGGCUUUGAAGAGGCAUAAACUCCUGGAUAAGGAAGAUGGUCAUAGUGGACAAUUACUCAUGGUUCCGACAGAACGAUGUGAGAGACACAACUUCAAAACUGUGGACAUGUUCUGUCAGAAUCAUGACAUGAUUGGGUGUGGAACGUGUAUGGCUGUGGAUCACAGAGCAUGCCCUGACGUGUUUUACAUUCCUGAAUUUGUUGCAACAAACACAGCAGUACCAUCAAAUUUCUUACAACGCUUAAAUGGUGUCGAAUCGAAGUUAAAAGGAUUUCUUAACACAUUUGAAAAUGAGAGGAAAAACCUACAAACAAACAAAUCGACCGAAAUAGAAACUAUAAAAACAGUAACAAAAAUACUUGAACAGCGAAUCAAAGAGUCUGAACGAACUGCGAUUUCUGAUAUCGAGAAAAAAUACAAUGAACUGAAAGAUGACGCAAAUGAAUAUAUUGAUACACUUAAACACCAACUAGAAAAUGUGGAGAAAACUAAAUAUGUCGUCACAUCAACUAACCAAAAUCAGUCUCAGGCAUUUGUUAAUGUAAAAUUGAACCAAAGCAUUGCAUUAGCAGCUGAAAAAAGCUGUACAGAAGUUGAAAAGAUUAAGCUUGGAGGUAGAGUGAAGUUUGUUCUCGAUCAUGCAACCGAGGUAAUGAUGGCGAGACACUUAUGCAUAGGAAAAGUACAAAUAAUGCCCCGUCUUUAUAGUUUCGUUCCCAAAGGCACGAUCGACAUCAGAUUGAGCUCAGAUUCAAAGCAAUGCAACAUUUAUGGGUCGUGUGUCCUUCCCGAUGGCUCAGUGGUUUUCUCCGAUGCGGCAAAUAAAACACUUAAGUUACUUGAUUGCUGCAAGUUGACGGUCACAAAUGACUGUAACCUUUCGUCAGAACCGUAUGAAGUUUGUUGCGUGGAAGAAAACAAAAUUGCCGUUUGUCUUACAAACGAAAAGAAAAUCCAAAUUUUUGUUUGUGAUACAUCUUUUAUUCCCUUGAGAUCAAUUGAUGUUAACUUUUCUUGUAGAGGAAUAUGUUACAGAGACGACACAUUUUAUGUUUCUGAUGAAACAUGUGUAUACAUGUGCGAUAAUGACGGAACAACAAUGAAGAAGUGUGUUGACUUUCUAAAAGGAGAGAAACUUUUUUCACACAGAAAUAUCCACAGCAUAUGUUCUAGUAUUAAUGGACUGACAUUAUAUAUUUGUGCAAAUGGUGAAGAAAAAUGUGUUGCUACACUCGGGCGAGAUAGUAGUGUUCUUAAUAUAUCUAAGGCAGAGCUGAAAUACGCAGACGGUUUAGCAAUCGCUGAAUAUGGAAAAGUAUUUGUGUGUGAGCCAAGAUACGUUGCACAGCUUAGUGGAAAUGGUUCAUUUGAAUUUGCCGUCAUACAUGAUACUCCGUUGGCACAGGCGUUGUGUUUUAAUUGUCGGACUGGUCGCUUGUAUCUCCCAGCCUACGAAAAAAACAUUAUAAAAAUAUUUGAGUUUAAUGUUGCACAAUAGCUUUGAACAUAUACAAAUGGUUCAAAGCUCCAAAAUAAGUGAUAAAUUGUGUAUGGAAUAUAUUUUAUCGCAUAAAUCCAUUAUCGGAUGGAUAAAUUAUUUUUAUCUUAUGCUUUUUGAUAAAUCAUUGAGAUAUAAGUGAAAAAUAAGACUACAUCCUCGUUUAAGACCGUCGGAUUCGUUCAAAAUUUCAUCAUUUUUUCAAAAUUACCUGUCGACAAAAAUGAAAAAAAAUUGUCAUACAAUGAUGAAUCGAAAUUUAAUUUCCAAUUUUAUGGAAAUACAUUGAAGUUCAUUUAUGUCCUAGUUCAGAAAUCAGCGUAUAGUAUAAUGAAUAAAGUACAUGACACUUAAAUAUAUUUCUGUAUUCUCAAUUACUUUAAAGCACCACAUCCAUGGCAAUUAUUUCAUUUUACAACUUGUAUUCAAAUACACUUUAAUUUGUUCAAAUAUUAUCAACUAUUAAAUUUGAUCAAAUAUGGUGGUUUCUUUUGUAAAACUAUUUCUGUGCACGUGUAACUCGUGCUGUGAUUUACGUUAUACAAAAUUCACUUUGAGCAUUUAAAAAAAAAACUUUUUUUGUUUAAGUCGAUUACAAUUUAUGAACAACCAUUUUUUCAAAAUUUCCUGACUUCUAUUUCAUUAAAUUAUAGUUAUUCAAAUCAGAUUUAUUCUAAUCAAAAUAAGGCAAUUAGUUCCUAAAUAUCUUAUAUUACAACACUUUAAAACGACAAUGCCAACGUUUUGUUAUUUCGGUAUUGGAAUGUAACCGAAAUUACAUUAGACAGGCUGUAGAUCCAUGGUUCCACGUUUAACAUCACCAGGUGAACGUUUCGAAUUACUUCAACGUCACCUACCGUUAACUUAACCUUUUUGUCACUGGAAACACUGGUCAAGAAUUAUCUAUUAACAGUGCAACGACCUGAAUGGAUAUCAAAUGUUCUUUUUCGAUCGCUAUAAUAUUCAUGGCUGAAAUGUAUAAGAAGGCUGUUUUAAUGUGCUUGUGUUUAUAAUGUUGUUAAUGCUUUACGUUCAACUUGUUAUAUCAGUAAAUCAGACAUUCUAUUAUGUUGAAUGUAAUUAAUAUUAUUUCUAUUUAUUCGUUUAUGGGUAAAUAUUUUAUUCAGUACUCACCGGAACCAAAUAUCUCAUAAGGGCCUCCUUAGAUUUCUUUUUGUGUAAGAGAGACAAUUCAUCAUCUAUAUAAGUAAAGCGAUCUCUAGAACUUUCCCUUUUCACGACAGUUCCAUUGCAAGGUAGACAUCAAAAAUUAUUUACAUUUCUUAAAUUGUUCGUUUAAUAAUCAUUUUAUUCAUAAUUUCCUUAGAGGGUGAUACGAAAAAUGUUUAUCUCUCGAAAUAUGAAUAUCGAUCAUGGAUUUCUUGAGGUUAGCAUUUUCUUUACUUCUCUGGAUCUCUCUCUAUAUAUACAUAUUGUUAAGAACAAUGUUUGUGUCAACCGAAAGUACAACACUUUGAUCCAGAUCAGCUACUGCAUUUCAUCUCAUAAUAAUGAAGGAUAUCGUGAAUCAUUUUAUCAUUAUUAUAUUUGAAUGUUUAAGAAUCAUUAACAUAACAUAACAUGUAGUACCCAAUAUAUCUCCAUCUAAACAAGUUCCAAGUAUAGCGCGCCAUUUUGUUUGUUGUCAUUUGGCUUCUCGUUACGUCAUGUAAGGGUCACGUGAUACUGAGUAACAAUAACAACAACAGUUUGACCGUUACAGUAGAACAGAAGUUGGACGAACUCGGCAGAACCGGUAACAUGAACCGAAUUCGAGGUAUAUAAACCUGUUGAUUUGAUGUGUUGAGAUUUUUAACACUGAUAACAGUUUAUUAGAUACCGGUCAUUGAUCCAUUAUUUAAGAGUUUCUAUUAAACAUAGUGAACUUGCUACUUUUUGGUAACUUGACCAACAGUAUCAUUUUAUAUAUACCAAGUCAUAUAAAACGCAUUUUAACUGAAACUUGGUUAAUUAUCAGUUUGAUAUUCAUAAUCUAAGAUCUCAUAUUGCAUUCUGGAAUUGUAGAAGACCUACAUUGAAACUGAAUGGGUUUAACCCAAUCUGGUGCAUUUUGAAACUGAACUAUCUUUUUCUGUAUUGUUGUUAUUAUUGUAAAUUUGUCAUU